CUCAUUUAACAAACCCAACCACACGCAUAAACGGAGAGAGAGAAGGCUAGGUGUCGUAUAAUCAAACAGAACUCUGUGUGUCCGUGUCCUCCACAAACCAUGGCAAUGAUCACCAGAAACACCGCCACACGCCUCCCACACCUCCUCUCCAUCCAUCGCCCCGCCACCGCAUCUCUCCACACCACCCUCCCAUCUCUCUCCCCUGAACCAACACCAGCUCCCUACACUCGCGCACCGCCACCUUCCUCAUCCUCACUAACAGGUCUUUCUAAGCCGGCGGAGUUUGUGAUUUCCAAGGUUGAUAGUUUGAUGAACUGGGCUCGCACUGGAUCUAUUUGGCCUAUGACUUUUGGGCUUGCCUGUUGUGCUGUUGAGAUGAUGCAUACCGGUGCUGCCAGAUAUGAUUUGGAUCGGUUCGGGAUUAUUUUUAGACCGAGUCCUAGGCAGUCUGACUGUAUGAUUGUUGCUGGUACUCUUACUAACAAAAUGGCCCCUGCUCUUCGCAAGGUUUAUGAUCAAAUGCCUGAGCCUAGGUGGGUCAUCUCCAUGGGCAGCUGUGCAAAUGGUGGUGGAUAUUACCAUUAUUCGUACUCUGUUGUUCGUGGUUGUGACAGGAUUGUCCCUGUUGACAUUUAUGUUCCAGGAUGCCCACCCACUGCUGAGGCCCUACUUUAUGGAUUACUCCAGCUGCAGAAAAAGAUCCACAGGCGCAAGGACUUCCUCCAUUGGUGGACCAGAUAGGUGGAAGUCUUGGCUGCAUUUUUAUGACCUAAUAAAAGAAAUGGUAUCUGUUUCCCGUUCUAAGUGCUGUGUGAAGGGAGAGGCUGUUAUUAAUACACUCCUUAGCCAUGGAUCCAUCUCCUAUAUUCUCUGGAGCUCUUAUUGUUUUUGCAGAUUCUCUAAAACCUUUUUUUGUAACUUUGAUGUGCUGAACUGCCCUUUUGUUGUUUUGCUUGUAUGUGUACUUCUCUGAAAGCUGUAUUGUUUCGAUAACCUGUGGACUAAAUAAAGGGCUUGUGUAAAGCUACUCUUUUUA